AGACCAUGCACUGUCAUUGUUGAGUUGACAUUGACAAAAACACUUUUGUUAGGAAAGGUAGAUUUUUGUUAAAAAUACAGAAUUAUGAGUUGAAGUUUUUAUUUUGAAUAUGUGUGAGGUACAGUUUGAUGUUCUGGCCGAAUUUUCAUUAAAAAAUCAAGAGGAUACAUUUAAUGUUAGUUUCAUUAGCAGCAGAACAUUUAUACGAACAAAAGUUUCUAAACAAUUUGUGUCGGCUGAACAGAGUGCUUCUGAAGAAGAUAAUCAAUUAGAUGAAGAGUUUUAUAAAAUAUAUGAAGAUUUGUCCAUACAAAACGUACAAACUAAAUCAGAAACUGAACAAGAAGUCGUAAGUUGUUACUGUAGCGCGUCUCACACUGAUAAUCUUUCAACUGAUGAACACGAAAGUUUAAGAGAGAUACAUACUGUUUCAAAAACUAUCCAACAAAGUGAUAGUGGUACAGAUCUUAACGAACAGUUUAUACAUGAUAUCGAAUCAGAUUGGAACAAAUUUUGGUCUCUAAACGGUGAAAAAUUGAUAUGGGAAUCUUGGAUAGAUAAAUAUAGUCAAUACAUCAAUCCAGAUUACAUUUCACAGAAAAAAUUGGGGGAAGAAUAUAAUUUACUUGCUGAAAGUUCUAUAGAAGAUAAUUAUACAUCACACAAUCCAAAGAAGUUUACUUUUAACGAAAAGGACGUUCAUGCUUUCACUGCAGAUCUUCAACAGGCUUGUUUGAAACAAAUCGAUAAAAACCAAGGAAUAAAAAAGGAGAGCAUUUCAAGAAAUCAAAUUCUUUUAAGAACUUUAUCAGGUAGCGACGAAAAGAUAUCUACAGAAAUCUCAGAAGGUUGGAAUCCUCUGUCUCCUUCAAGCAUAGACGAAGAAACGGAAGCUGAAAGAUUACUAACUUCUAGGUGCUGCUCUCGUACAAGUAGUAGUUUGAAAACGAUAGAUUCCAUUACAAAUGUCACUCGAAUGACAGUUUCUUCUAUAGAUUUAAGUAAUAGCACAACCAGUUCGGAUAGUUUUUCUUCUGUCAGUUCGGUACAUAGUUCGGUCAGUUCGGAGGAUUCUGAAGAAGAUUAUCAGCAUCAGUGGAAUGCUUUAUGGAAAAAACAUUACGAAGAUCAAUAUUUAGAGCAUUACAAUAAGUUCAUUCAAUCUGUUAGUGGAAUCGUGGCUUUAGAUAAAAGUAAAGAAAUGAGUGUCAGCGAUCAAUCAAUAAAAACAGCUAUCCACGAUAACGAAGAAUCUACAUUAUUAGAGAACGAAUCUACACAUCUUGAAACUGAUGAACAAGUACCUAGUAUUUCUCACAGCAAUAGCACUAGCGAUGAAGAAAGCGAAGAAGAAAAUACCAUUUAUAAAGAAAUGAUCGCUAUGGGUCUACCUACUACAUUCGGAUCUAACAAAAUAUAUAAAUCACAAAAUUUUGAUAAAACCGAAUGUAUUAAAAGCCCGAAAGGAAAGCGUGACUUCAACUCUAACAGGAGUAGAGUGAAAGCAGCAUUCAAUUUAAUAGGAAUAGAAUUCCAGGAAACUUCAAAGGAAUUAUUAUCAGGAGAAGUAAAUUAUAAGAUGAAACAUAUCAGACAACAAAAUAGACAUCUCAAACUACGACCCGAGGCAAAAAAACCAAAACAUUUUAUAUUCGAUGACGAAGGAAACGCAUUUCCAAAACAGGAAACAAUCGAUCACAAUAUAUUUUCCGAAAGCUCUGACAAUGAGCUUAGUUCUUGCGAAGAAGAAGCUAUUACUGGUGAUGCACCUGUAUCACCGACUGUGGAAGAAAAAAUUGAAGAGGUUCAAACAACAAAAAGGAAACGGAGGAAAAGAAAACAACCUCAAUAUCCACCUGAAAUUAAAAAUAAUUCCAAGUUGAGGAAAUAUUGGCAGAAGAGGUUCAGUUUAUUUAGCAAAUUUGAUAUGGGAAUUAAACUGGAUGAAGAAAGUUGGUAUUCUGUAACACCAGAGCAAGUAGCAAAACACACUGCAGAGAGGUGUAGGUGUGAUGUUAUCAUAGAUGCUUUUUGUGGAGCAGGUGGAAAUUCAAUUCAGUUUGCGCUUAAUUGCAAAAAAGUUAUAGCGAUUGAUAUAGAUCCCAAGAAAAUAGAGCUAGCACAAAAUAACGCCAAUGUUUAUGGAGUAUCGGACAAAAUUGAGUUUAUAAUUGGAGAUUUCAUACAAUUGGCUGGAGGUCUGAAAGCCGACGUAGUCUUUUUGAGUCCUCCUUGGGGUGGACCUUCGUAUCUUUCCGAACCGUCAUAUGAUCUUGAAACGAUGUUAUUGCCAGUUCCUUUCUCACAAUUAAUUGCAAGCGCAAGGAAGGUGACAUCAAAUGUGGUGGCUUUUUUACCUAGAAACUCCAAUACAUUUGUGUUGGCCAAGGAGGCAGGGCUAGGUGGAAAAGUGGAAAUAGAACAAAAUUUUAUCAAUAAAAAAUUAGUAGCAAUUACUGUAUAUUAUAAUAACUUAAUUAAGGAAAAAUAACGAUAUUUGUUACUAGUUACAAUAAGAUCGUUUUUAAAUUACGUAAUCAUAAAACUAAAAUGUGUUGCUUGAGAUUUGGAGUAUCAGAAAUGACGAAAAUUAUUUUUUACGAAAAAAAAACUGAAGCAGUAAAAUGUUCCUUCUCUUCGUUUUAACCUUAUUAUGACUGCAAUGUAGUUAAUCUUUUAUUUAGCUUUUUAUAAACUAUGUAUAUAGAAAUAAAUCGCACAUGAAGUAUAUGCCUGUCUUAAAGUGUUAAUAAACUAGAAUAAGGCUCAAUAUGUCUCUCAUUUGAAA